AGCAGUGCUUAUGAUUGUGCCAGAGCACAUUUUGAACAACACCAUGGGAAUUUCGGAUUUUACACAGGUGGUUGGAUGUUACACUCUGGAAAUGGAAGGAAGGAGCUACAAUUGCUGGUACCAUCAGAAGACACCUGUUGAGUGUGUUUUAUGUCUUCUGCAGGUACGUGAGCUUGUUAACAGUCAUCUUGUCUGUAAAGCACAAGCAAGUGAAAAUGUAAUGCGUUUCUGUUAAUUUGUCCACUAGAGGGAAAUGUUUAGCCGGUGAUACUUCUGUUAUCCUGUUAUUUUGUUUUAUAUGGUUGUGAAAUGUAUUUUGAUAAGUGAUAAGAUUUCUUUUUGUAUACAAGUACGGUGUGACAGACUGUAAAAUGGGAGAAAUUAUUGUUUUCCAUCUUUUCUUUAAUAAAAAGUUAAUUGUAAGUCUGUUAAGACAGCGCGCGUUUGCACUGUGAGGGAGCUACAAUUGCUGGUACCAUCUGAAGACACCUGUUGAGUGUGUUUUAUGUCUUCUGCAGAAUAAACCGUCAAAAGCCAACCUUUCUGAGCGUCUGUGAUUCAUGAAGAACGGAAGCGUUACACUGGUGCCGUGACCAUUCGGAUCUUCAGAUCAGCUUGAUGCUCAUCGCCGUGGCUGCUGUUAUGCUCCCCUGCUGUUCACAAGUUGAAUGUGGGUUGUUGUAACCAAGUGAGUUUAGACAAAAGAAACAAAAAUAAACAACCCAAAAACAAACAAAAAGGUGAGGGGUGUGAUUUGAAUAAGACAAAGGUGAAAGUGUCUGUGUUUUGAUAUACAACGUGUGGUUAUACACUCGAAUUAUUUGGACAUUAUUAUUAUAAUUUUUUUUCUCUUUUCCUCAUUUUGCUGCUAUUAUACUGUUAUUUUUCUUAUUUUUAUCUCUGUUUUUUUUUUUCUUUCCCUAACGGAGCGCACAUGCAGUUAUUAUCUUAAGUGUGUGACUUGGGGAUGGAUAAAUUUGUCACUCCAGUACUACCUAAGGGUAGAGGUGCCGGACUAGUUCAUGCAGUUGACACCAGUAAUGUCACACAGUUUGGUCCUGUGAGCAGUGACACUGGGCUAGGCCAAAGCCCGAGUUUUAUUCCCAUCGGUAGGGGUAUGGGUGAUUUGCCUCAGGUUUCCACUCCAAUUAGAGACAGUGAUGCUGUACACAGCUUUACUGACAUGGUUGAGCAAAUAGGAGCCCAGAUAGGUGAAUCCAUUGUUACUAAACUGUUGUCAGCUGGUGUUGUGAAUCUGACUGGUGACUCUAAGACUCAAACUGAGCAAUGUAACAGUACCGCUCGAGAUGUACCACAUGUAACUGUUCAUGUUAAGCCCAAUAAGGAGCUUCAAAUUUUUAGGGGUGAUGGCACAGACAGAUGUUCGGUUCAGGACUGGAUUGACAUGGCAACGACUUAUCUAUGGAAGCAAGAGGUCCCCUUCAUGGCCAGGCUGACGAAAUUAUUAGCCACUUAAUGGGGAAGGCCAGAGAUGUGGUCAGAGUGGCUCUUCGUAGUGACCCAGGUCUUGAUGUCAAACAGAAGCCUGAUCUGGUCUUUGGUGUCCUUCGCCAUUAUUUCAGUGACUCUUCAUCGUGCCUCCCUCUUGCUGACUUCUAUGCAACACUCCCUACCAGAAGUGAAAACCCGGUAGAUUAUUGGAUAAGACUGAACAAGGCUGCUGAACUAGCCAUAGAGGGGCUACGCAGACAGGGGCAGACAGCAACCCCUUUAACCCAUGAAGUAGCAUGUAUGUUCGUGAAACAUUGCCCUGACCCUGAGUUGUCUUAUGUUUUCAAGUGCAAGCCUGUCCAUGAGUGGACUGCUCGGGACGUACAACAAAGGAUUGAUGAUUAUCAAAGGGAGGUGAGAGCUAAUGGUAGAGCCAGCGGCGCUGCACAGUUGAAGGGCUGUAAUUCUACGAUCACCGCCGUGCACCCGAACACCUCACCUGCAGCUGCUGUGCCAGAGGGAUGCUCCCGAAGCUUCUCGCCCCCAUCCUCAGGUUUUCAGGGGUUGGUGGGCUCGUUCCCCUCCACCGCUGCAACACGAGAGCCCCUCAUCGGAAGUCUGAGUUUCUCCCCUUCGACUGCGGUGAGUCAAAAUCUUCAACAGUCAGAGGAAAGGCUCAUGGGUCAGAUGGUGGAUAUGUUUCAGGCCAUGAUGGAGAGAAUGCAGCACCACAACACUCAGACACCAAGGAGGGGGGCGUUUAAUCAGUUUUCACGAAAUAGACGGAGGAGAGAGGAUGCCUGCAAAGUCUGCAGUGAUCCGAGACAUACCACAGCAUCACACUGCCUAUCUGAUAAACUGUGCUUUUCAUGCUUUGCUCCUGGCCAUGUUCGGUUGUCCUGCCCGGCUAGUACAGGUCGGCCAGGUCCAGCCGGAGGGAAACUAGCCGACCUGUAUUCGGUGGGAGGCAGUGCAGGUCUUACGGGAUACUCCCAAACUAUUGAUAUCUGUGAUGCGGAGUCAGUGUAUGAAGAGGCCAGACAGAAAUGCAAAGAUUCUGAAGUUAUUUUUCAGAACAUUCACAAAGUCGGCAAUAGUGACAGUCUUUUCUACACUCCGGUCACUUUCGGUGGGCUUUUGAAAAUGGGUGGUAUGCUGGACAGUGGUUCCAUGGCCUGCAGCAUGAAUGAAGCAGCUGAGGUGACGCUGCGUGACUCUGGACUGAUAUCUGAUCAAGAUGUUAUCAAAGUGGAUGUGACUCUUGUUGGGUGUGGAGGGCUACGUGUGAAGCCUAAGUAUGCCCUCAAUGUGGAGAUGGAGGUGUAUGGCUGCAGAAUGAUAGUUCCCAUUCUGGUGGUUCAAGGGCAGCUUGACGACCUGAUACUGGGGACGAACGUCAUAAAGCACAUAUUACACCAGUCUAAACGUUGUGAGCCCUACUGGAACACGGUCUCCAGUAAUUGCUCUAAGACCAGCCUUGAGACUGAAAACUUUCUGUCGAUGCUUUCUGGUUUGACCCCAUGGAAAGAUUCGGACGUCCCGGACAGAGUAGGCACAGUUAGGUGUAACUCAGCUGUGUGCCUUGAACCGGGUCGCGAAUAUCUGUUAUGGGGAAAACUACCAAAGAACGUCAAUGUCUCCCCUGGCAGCACAGUGAUGACAGGGCCCUCGUCAUCCCGCUCAGCACCCAGAGGGAUUUUGGUUGCUAGAUUGGUUACUCCCUUGUGGGGUGACAGAUGGGUCCCAUUGAAACUGAUCAAUGUGUCUGAGCAGCCUGUACAUCUGCGACGUAACGCCAAACUAGCAGACGUGUACUCCUGUGUGGCGCUUGAGGACUUUGAUGCUUCCCCAGAUAGCAAGGAAACAUUGAAACAAUGUUGAGUCAAUAUCAGGCGAU